GGUGACGUGACGUCACUUCCUGUACUCGGCUCCGUUAGAAAUGGACGACAGUCUUCAGCUGGCAGACGGUGGAUUAGCUAAAAAUGUGGCUCGGUCAGGCAGAAGAGCUCGUCAGGCUGCUGAGAUGAUGAACACUGAAGACUCUCGUCAGAGGAAAUCCUCUUCAUCGCUCAGUUCUGUCACAGAGGGUCCUCCACCGAAACCGGCCCGCCGGCAGGGAGGAUGGGCGGAGGAGAGCGCAGGAACCGGAUCUGCCAAGUCUGGAAGACGGCAGGCUGCUGAAGAGCUGGAGGACCGGCGUCUGAGGCCUCAAACCCCCGAGGGCUCCGACACUGAAAGCGACAUCCCAGUGAUUCCAGACCUGGAGGAGGUUCAAGACGAAGAUCUCACCAUGCAGAUCGCUGCUCCACCCAGUAUCCAGGUGAACAGAGUCAUGACCUACAGAGACCUGGACAACGACCUCAUGAAGUACUCUGCUUUCCAGACCCUGGAUGGAGAGAUUGACCUGAAGCUGCUCACGAAGGUUUUAGCCCCGGAGCAGGAGGUGAGAGAGGAGGAUGUUGCUUGGGAUUGGGAUCAUCUGUUCACCGAAGUCUCCUCUGAACUCCAGACGGAAUGGGAUCAAGAAGAGCGAGAGGAGCAGUCGCCGCCUCCUGUGGCCUGAGGAGGAACGAGCAGCUCGACGUGUCUCUGUAGGGUUACGUUUACACUUCAUGUGUUCAGAUAUUGUUCAUAUUGAAUGUGUUUCUUGACUAUGUCAUUGUCAUUGCCGGUGACAUCACGCGGCUUUACGCUGUGUGUGUUUCUCAUUAAGGUUAACCUUGCAAACCCAGAAACAUUGCUUUUCUUAACUGGAUCAAUCUGGAGACAUUUGUCACCGUUUGUAGUAUCUGGGAAAAGCGUAAAUCCAAGGUUAAUGAGUGGGUAAACUGAAAUCCAGUUGAUUGAGUUAAAAUGAACUUUGCUCAUCCGAGCAAGCCAGCCUUAUCAUUAUUGACCAGACCAUCGACCGUGAACGAAACGUCCGGUUCUCAGCUGUUUCAAACACGGUGAGCUUAAUUCCUGUGUUUUUAUCAUGCCUUGUUUGUUGGUUAAGAUAACGCGUUUCAUUUAAGUUAGAAUAUCAAAUUUCACUCUUUGAAAAAUUUAUAUUUCUCAUGAAAUUAUCCAUAAACAGUAAUUAAUUAUUUACCUUUUGUCUGUGAAAUGUUUUAAUGGUCAUGCUCAAUUUGUUUUUAGCCUUGAUGAUAUUCAGUAUAUAUCUUGUAAUUUAUGCUUUCAGUAUA